AUGGCUCAACAAGGCAGUACAGCGCUCCGAGAUGGCGCAGUCUACCUGAUGAUCAGCCUCCCGAGCGCAUCCUUCGGCAGUACCAACCGAGACGCUCUGCUCAACAAUGACUACGUUGACGAGCUCCUCAUCUGCGAUCUUUACGUCCACCACAGCGGCAACAGUGGAACAAGAUACUCUCUGCACGAGGAUAGGCCCGGCACGUGGAGGAUCGACGUCCUGCCGAGCCUCCAGAACGUCACGAACCUCACACACCUGCUCGGCCUCGUCGAGCUCGCCCGGUUGCCCGGCCCGCACCCUCAGAAUGUCGAGUCUCUCGACAAAGUCCUACGGUGGAAGAAGGUACCCACCUCGUACACAAAGUAUACUACAAGUCAUUGGGCGCUCAGAGAGUUCCUCAGCAUCUACUUCAGACACGACCAGUUCCAGAACAACUUCUCGACGGCAGUCCUCGAGCUGCCCGUCCCAACCUUGCAACGAGCUACUCGAGACUGGGCCAAGACGCUUGUCGACGAGGCUCUGAGGGAGCUGAAGCCCCGCCCUGUAGUGGAAUUAUGGGAGUUGACUCGUCGUCGACGAGGAUGA